AUGUGUAAAACUACACUCACAGCAUUGCCUGGCGUUAUUCAACUGAUGUUUACAAUAUGCUUCAGUACCCAGCAUACACAUAGCCUUACUCCGGGCUAUACUCUGGACUUACUUGUGCUUGCUGGUGUGACUUGCAGUAAACUGUCCAUCGUCACACAACUGCACCAUGCCAUGUCCUCCACUGGUAUCACCAUAUCCUGCCCAUCAUGGUGA